UGUUUCGUGAAUAUAAGCCUCAAGUCUAUACAAGGUCCGACUCGAGCAAGACAGCGUCCCCUUGUUCCGCAGUCAUCGCUGGACAACGUCUUGAGGUGGUUGUACAUUAUUCCUCAGGUUGACGACGGUUUUUCUCUACAACGCUUGUGCCCCAGCUCAACCGUGGGUUAACCAUGGACUUGUUCCACGUAAUCGUCAUCAUCUCGACGUUCGCUGUUCUUCAAUGCGCCCAAGCACAGCUGCAAAAGGACGAAUUAGUCAGCGAUGACUGCGAUGUCCUGAUCAAGACAGGGUUCGACGUCUUCCGAUGCACGAAGUCGGCGUACCCGGACAGGGCAGAAUGCGUACCGCGUGGACAUCGCUCGGGUGGACGUCCUCGACGACCAGGAAGCUUCGAUCCCAUGAACAGGGUUUGCGACUCGACAUUGGACUGCAAUGACGGGUCCGAUGAGAUGCUUACCGAGUGUGCUCAACCGCACAAAGAAUAUUGCCUCAACGAGCUGGAGAAGGAAGUCGAAGGCGACUACCUCGAUUCUUUCCACUGCUACAACGAAGGUGACGACGGUGGUCCCGCCUCGCUCUGCGUCUCCGAGUGCCAGAUGUGCGACGGUAUUAGGGACUGCCCGAACGGCGCCGACGAGCUGGAUGCCAACUGUAAGAAGAUGAGGCCCACGCCCUAUGGGUGCGAAUUUUUCUAGGCCUUAUAGGACAAUGAUUAUUAAUUUGAUCUGUCAUUUUGGUAGGAAUUUUGACCGGACUUUCUUGUGUUUUUAAUUGGUUGUUUUCUGCGACGGUUUGUGACCAGUCCAGAGGUACCACACAUGAAACUUAAUAAUCACAUUCAAUACCAUCACUUUCUUUCUAUAGUUUAUUUUUUUUGUUUGGGCAAGGAAUGUGCUUAAUUCAUAAUUAUGCACAAUUUUUUUGGGAUCCGCCACUCGCUCUAACAUCGAGUAAGUGAUCUCGUAUUUUAAACAUUAAUAACUCUUUUAUUUAAUAUUGUUCUGAUUUAUUUCAUAUUUUGUCAUUCUGCUUUCAUACAUGAUUAAGAACUUAUUACAAAGGUUGGAUUACCAUUUAAAUUUAAGAAAAAUGGACUUGAUGGGAUCUUUAAUAAGGGAGUGAUAAAUGAGGAAAAACUCAAAACGCUUCAAAGAGUGAGAAAAACGUCUCAGAAUGCAAAAAAAAAAAAAAAAAAAACACGUGAAAAGAC